UGAUCCUGUGAUAUUUAGUUGUUGCCUCGUCUGGCCCGUCUCCUUCCAAGUAACACCUUUGCUCCUAGCAAAUAAGUUUUCCCUGCAUAUUGAUUCUUAACGACAAGGAAAUCACUGACAUUUCAUUUGGGGCGUUUUCGAUCGAAUCCUACAGUCCAUGCAUCAGGAGGGUCAUGUGAUUCGCCGGGUCGGCCACAAACAGUGUAGGAGGGAAAGGCGUCAAAUACCAGCUUCCAGCGGGCAAACAGGCCCAUCGGCAUCACGCGCGCGGACGUGAAAGUGAGCAAUCGCGCGGACCUGGGAGGAAACAGCCGAGGACACCAAAACGAGCGGACGUGAGUGCAGACAAGUUUAAGUUGGAAGGAAGGCCCUAUUUGAAACAUGAAUUGCUACAAGCCUCAAUAACACAAACAGGACUACUUUGUACAAGUUUAAGACUGAGGAUCCGCGCUUGGUUACUUGUCCAAAGUUCUGGAUACAUCCCCAGCACUCGAAAAGAAAGUGGUGUUCGUUUGUUGAAAUUCAUCGACAGUCAAAACACAAUUGAGUUUAUUUUUUUCUAAAAGAAGACCGUCAUCGUUGCAUAUAUUUUGCUCGUCUAUUACACGAUGACUCCCAUGAAUAGUUCAAGAAUCGGUGCUUUCUUUGUUUGUGUGGCUCUAAUAACAACACGAGGUUUUGCAGCAUACAUCCCACAAGUUGAAGUCUCACAGCAGUCGUCACACGUGCUGAAAAGAGCGUACAUGGGUUUAAGGCUGAUGUGCCAGGCACACCCUCGGAAUUGUCCAGACGGAUUUCGUAAAAGAAAUUAUGUACAGAAUAUAGAGACACCUAGCAGUCAUGAGAGCCCCGAGUCAAUAGUGAAACAGUUGCAGGACAUCAUCAACUGGAGACAUCGGGUGAUGAGGCGGAAGAUGAUGGCCGAGUCCCAGAGCGACAGGAUAUUCGAUAUGAUCAAGGCGCGGUCACUCUCCCGGAGGAAGUAAGAGGUCAGACUGACCCCUGACCCCUGACCCCUGACUUCCAGGAUCUGCCGGCAGGCUGUGACCACGUCACGUGACAACCAUCCCUCCAGACGUAUCUGAGCACUUUCAGACUAACUUCCCAAGACUCCACAAACUACAUAUUUUCAAACUUUCAACAUAUAUAUUCUUCUUCGAGGUGGCAGGCAAGAGUGUUAGCCUAAUAUCAGCCCAAAGAUAGAUAUACAUCCGAUUAUAACUAAACAAGGCGGACGGCAUUCAGAUUACUUCGCGGAAGACGAUGUAAUGUCUGUGCACCCAUGGGAUGAAGAGAAUUCGGACUCGAUAAGCCAUUGUACAGCUGUAAUGUUUAAGAAAAAAUUUUUGCAAUUAUGAAAAAAAGAAGCAAGUAUAAUAAGUUUGUUCAAGAGUAUGAGCCAGCGUGACGGAUAUUGAAGAACUGCAAUUGGAAGACCACUGUCUACCAGAAUAUACCGUCAUGACCUCCAAGAAUACACCCGCACGUUCUCUGUUAUUCAAUACUCAGCUCUAACAUUAAUGCAUUGAAUGUAUGGAUUAAAUUCUGUGAAGUUCUAUCAGUACUAGUGUACAAUUCAGUCGCUGUUUACAUUGUCAAAGUAUAUUUUUGUGAUGUGUACAAAGAAUUAUUCAGUUCAAAUAGGUUGUGUCCAAUUAAAUUGUUUGACGUCAUCUCCAUAUUUAAAAAAGCAUUUGCAGAAAACAUUAGAUGAAAAGGUUCCCUGAAGCUGAUAUUCGAUAAUGUAAAAUUUAAAGGACCACUUUGUUUUCCUUAUAUUUAUAACUGAUAAUAGAAUAUUUAAUCGUCCAUUUGUCUUAUACGUAUUUUGUAUAUUUUCAGCCGAAACACACAAUGAUAGUUUGAUAUUUCAGACUUUUGAUUAAGUGGAGGCAUUGAAUAAUUAAUAUUUCAUAAUCGAUUAUUUUUUAGACGUUCGAUUUAACAAUAUAUAAAAACUUGGAACUGGCGGUACUAAAAGUGAAUGAGUGGUAAUUGACACAACCUGUUUACCAGAACAUAGAUACCAGAAGAUUUCCUCAUUAAAAGUCUGAUUCAAAUUAACAAAAUCAUGUUAAAAUCAAUUUGUUAAUGAAAUUGUUGAAUAAUUCAAACACAGUUGCAAUAAAGUUUAAGUUAAGCAAUCUCA